UCGUCCUUUGACGCGCGCCAGUUGGAUUUCUCUUCACAGCCAACCAUUCAACCCAGUCCAGGAACUAGCUCAAAGCUGCUCCAGAUCCUGCAGAAUGCGACGAUCCAGGCUCGUCCAGGCAACCAGAGUCCUAAAUUUGGAUCCUGGAGAGUGUCCCGGCGGCAUCAUAAAUCACCAGGGCCCUGCUGCAGACUCAGAGGAAUAGUAGUGUUACUUGCUUUGUUCCCCCCUGCAUGCCCACUGCGAUGGCCUCACUCGCUCAGUCUGUUAGCCGCCUACACUCUUUUUCUACGAUUCUCGCUAUGAUCGCUCUCUUCUUUCUUCUAUUGUCUUUUGCUUCGGCUGGCCCGAUUUUCUUGUUUCAUCCGGAUAGGAGUGAUGCGCUGGAUUCCGCCUCAACCGCUUCGCUCGCUUCUAUCCGCCCCCUCGUGGCCAGGGACGACGUCGACGAUGGCCCCCUGGAGUUGAUCCCUGUCACCCCAGACGCUAGUGAUAUUUCUGUUAUGAACUCAGGGACGUCGGAGUCUACUCUUAUAGAAACAGAUACUGCAACCUAUACCCCUAGUCCAACACCUAUAACAGCACAAGAGACCACCGCUACGCCAGGCAUAACACCCUCGCCUUCUGAUACAGAUGCUGGGUCUGCGACGAGGACUCCCACUCCCACAGCUGAUGAGACUACCGCUACGACGAGCAUGGAAACUUCAACUACUCAGUCAACAUCUCCAUCUGGUUCAUCUACCCACUUAACGGCUGGGGUCAUUGAGGAGCUUCCGAGCACCGACUCUGUGUCAAGCACCGACCAGCCUACCUCCGCGCCUCUAAUCACUUCGCCUGCAUCUAUAUCUACAUACUCAGACGGCAUCGAAUCUGUGAAUGAAAGCUCAUAUGGCUUGCAGACAACAACGACCAGUACGGUGCCAAUCUCAAGUACGACUCAAAGUGCAAAUACCUCUUCACAACCAAUCAUCACAGUAGAGACAAGUUCAAGCGUGCAUGGGAUUAGCCACGCACCGUCAUCAUCAAACCUGAUCUCACCUGGCGCAACGGGUACUGAGUCCUCUGUCAGUCAAGAGACAGCCUCCAUUGCAGAAGCUACAACCGGAGCACAAUCUUCGAAGGAGGCGCAAACGCAAACAAGCUCUACUUCCAUAAUCCCUACAACUGGUACCAGUAAUGGUAUGAAACCUACUCCGACAACCCCAACUAUAAUCAGAGUUACGCCUGGCACAAGUUCUGGGUAUCCUACGAGCGAAACGAUAUUCCCUGGAGGUGGCUCUGGGGGUGGAUCUAGCUCGACUAUUACAACUUCGACUUUCCAGUCUUCACCAGUCCCUUCCGUUACAUCUACUCCGACCUCCACCUCGACAUCUACGAAUUUCUCUAUUUCCGAAGGAACACCUAGCUCCACAACAACCAUCACAGCAAUCUCGACUAUCGUGCAGACGUCUACUUUAGCCACAGAUCAACCGGAGCCAAUAGCCACAGCCACAUAUGCAACUUCUAGCCCCGUUGUCGAGGAACCCAUUUCUACUACCACUGUUACAGAGGUCUCUACAAUUGUCCAAACGUCCACCUUACCAACGGAUGCAACUCCUAUCCCCACUGCAGAGGACAAAUCAACCCCGACAACAACAGUCACGAUGAUAUCCACCGUUGUGCAGACAUCCACUUUAGGGGCGGAAGAACAGGUGCCAACUACAACGUCCAGCCCUACCACGGAGGCAGAACCCGGGCCCGCCUCUACGACCACAAUGACGGUGAUAUCGACCAUUGUCCAAACGUCCACCUUGCCAGCUGAGACAGAAAAAUCCGAAGAAACAGCGACAAUUACAAGUGCAGCCACCACCUGGGACUCCACCGCUAAGGCUUCCCACGGAAGAGGCUUCAGAAACUCCUCAGCCCCGAGAAACAUUCACUGUCGCUGCCACAAAAACGGAGACUCUGUCAAUGACAACCACUGCAACGGCAACGGAAACCGUUACGGCCGCUUCCCAGAAUAACCUCAUCAGUGGUGGCGUUGGUGAUGAUGAUGAUGAUGAUGACGAUGACGGAUUGUUUCUUGUUCCCUACACGCCAUCCGGAUUCGCUACGAUCACAGUUACUGUGACUACGACCGUUACGGAAAAAGAACCUGCAGAAACUGUGACGGUUACGGCGUAGUGACUUUCGUCCUUGCUUUC